AUGACGACCACUCAUCCGGAGUCUACUGUGGACUUCGAGUUCAUCCAGACUCCACCUGUUCUUGAGCAGACCAAGCCCGCCUUCGACUGCGGCGUUCCUACUACUUUGUAUCCAGCUAUCAAGAAUGCUCCAGUCCCGGCCGAUUCCCCUGGUAGCGACAGCUUCUCCAAUGGCUUAAUGAUUGCUCUCGUCCUGUUGGUGCCUUGGUGGCUUGCUCGCCAGGUUGGCGGAGGCUUCUAUACUAUCAUCUUCUUUGCCAUUUUCACCACAAUCCCCGUUCUUAUGGCUUUCUGGACCGUCUCCUCCUCUAUAUCUCCCCGCAAGACCGAGAAGGCCAAAUACUGCGGCCGCCCUGUCGAGUAUUACUUGAACUUCCACAGCGAGCAUGACAAGGCUACUUACCGUGGUAAGAGCAAGAUUCCCAUGGAGGUCUUCUACGAGAAAUACUUCAAUAGUGAGGUGGACUUCAAGAUCGAUGCUCUAGAGGCACUUGAGUAUCGUCAUGACUGGGCAAACUUCAAGUUCACCAUGGGUCUUUUCAAGCACUUCUUGUUUGGUUUCAUUCCUGAAAUGCUGCUGCACACCCGUUCUCAGGAUGAGGAGCAGGUUCGUGACCACUAUGACCGCGGCGAUGACUUUUACGCCUGGUUCCUCGGCCCUCGCAUGAUCUACACUUCUGGUAUCAUCAGUGAUGUCAACAAGGAGGAGACCCUCGAGGAACUUCAAGACAAUAAGCUGGCUGUUGUCUGUGAGAAGAUCGGUGUUCAACCUGGUGACAAAAUCCUGGACCUUGGCUGUGGAUGGGGUACACUGGCCAAGUAUGCUUCCGUCCAUUACGGUGCCCACGUUACUGGUAUUACACUCGGCCGCAAUCAGACUGCCUGGGGUAACAAUGGUCUCCGCAAGGCUGGCAUUGAGGAAUCUCAGAGCCGUAUCGUUUGCGCCGAUUACCGUGAUUCUCCCCGUGCCGAUGGUGGCUACCAGAAGAUUACCUGUCUUGAGAUGGCCGAGCACGUCGGUGUUCGUCACUUCUCCACUUUCUUAAGCCAGGUUUACGACAUGCUUGAUGACGAUGGUGUCUUUUUCCUUCAGAUUGCUGGUCUCCGUAAGUCCUGGCAGUACGAGGACCUUAUCUGGGGUCUUUUCAUGAACAAGUACAUCUUCCCCGGUGCUGAUGCUUCUACCCCUCUGGGCUUUGUUGUCGACCGCCUUGAGGGCGCUGGCUUUGAGAUCAAGGGUAUUGACACCAUCGGCGUUCACUACUCUGCUACCCUCUGGCGCUGGUACAGGAACUGGAUGGGCAACAAGGACAAGGUCGAGGCUAAGUACGGCAAGCGCUGGUUCCGAAUUUGGGAGUACUUCCUUGCUGCUUCCACCAUCACCUCCCGCCAGGGUGGUGCUACCUGCUGGCAACUCACUCUUGUCAAGAACAUCAACUCCACCCACCGUGUUGAGGGCAUUCAGUCCCAGUUUGGCCUUACCGGUGCUCGCCAAGCUGCCAUUGACCGUGCCAACGGUACCCUUCCCAAGGCUCACGUUGUUAAGAAGGAUCUUUAG